GUAGGCCCUCUUACUUGCUGGAGACGACCAGCGAGCGCUCCCUCAUCUACGGGCUGCUAAACCCUAUAGUACUUCUUGCUUUCUACAAGAAUACAGAUCCAGUUUGUGCUCUACGGACUUCUCCUUUAUGGAGUUUCACUCCAACAGGAGAAGAAUGCAGCAGUGGCAGUUAG